GUGGCCAUGGUUCUGAUUCUCCUGGUCGCCAUCCCUUUACUGGUCCACAGCACUAAAGGAGGAGGAGCCGGAAAUACAGGAAGCCAUUAUGAAAUGCUAGGAAGUUGCCGGAUGGUUUGUGACCCCUACACCACUUCUCAUGGCCAGGAGCUAACGGCGGUUUCACCACCAACUCCUGAUUUCCCAAACCGGAGGGGGAAAUCUGGUUAUCGGGGACCUCCAGGGAUCCCAGGACCACCUGGUCCUCGAGGACCACCAGGAGAGCCUGGAAAGCCAGGACCACAAGGGCCGCCAGGUCCGGGCCCUGGUGGCUACGUACCAUCAUUCUACAGCCCUAAGAUUGCCUUUUAUGCAGGCUUGCGCAAGCAACACGAAGGCACUGAUGUGCUCAAGUUUGAUGAUGUGGUGACCAAUGUUGGCAACUACUAUGAGCCCAGCACUGGCAAGUUCACAUGCCCUCUACCUGGUAUCUACUUCUUCACAUACCAUGUCUUAAUGAGAGGAGGAGAUGGGACAAGCAUGUGGGCAGACCUCAGGAAGAAUGGACAGGUGAGGGCCAGCGCCAUCGCCCAGGAUGCCGAUCAGAAUUAUGAUUAUGCAUCCAACAGUGUGAUCCUGCAUUUAGAUGUGGGAGACGAGGUGUGUGUGCAGCUGGAUGGAGGGAAAGUCCAUGGAGGGAACACCAACAAAUACAGCACAUUCUCUGGCUUCCUCAUCUAUGCUGACUGACCUGCUCAGUUGCUACUUGAUGCUGCUCUACACACACAUACACUGAGAUGUACUGUGUAUAAACAUACUCACACACACACACACACACACACACACACACACACACACACACACACACACACACACACACAGAGACUUACAAGUACAUAUGCACACUGAACAGGAUUGAAAGAAAUGGACAUGGUUUAAUACUGAGAAGAAGGGCUCCACUGACAUGAUGGCACCAAGACAACUAUACCUUCAUAAAGCAAGCGGAUUUCUGAACUCAUGUUCGUAUGUGCGUAAAUGAUCUUCAACGUUAUACCCUUAUCCAAACUUAAAUUAAAAUGCAUAUACAUAUAUGUCUGUAUC